AUGCCUAAACAUGAAAACUCAACAGAAGAAAAUGAUGGCAGCGGUGACAAUGAAGAAGGCAGUGCAGCUGAAAAUGAAGAAAAUGCCAAAGGAAUAGAUAAAGGGAGGAAGAAAGCAACACCAAGAACUGCAAGGGGACACGCCAGGGGAAGAGCCAGGCAUGGUGAUGAAGAGAAUGAGGAUGAUGAAGAUGGGACAAGAAGAGCUGGGCAUCGUAGGCACAGAAACCGUAGAAGAGGACGAGCAGCUGGAAAUGAGGACAACGAUUCUGAUAUGGAAGCUGCAAAAGCCAGGAAGAAUGAGGCAAAUCAGAAAUCCAAAGAAGAUGAAGAAGAAGAAGAAGAUGGGAAGGGGAGCAAGAGUGGGAAAGGCAAAAAAGAGAAGAAAGCGGACAAAAAGACUGAUAAGAAAGGGAAAAAGGAGAAGGCAAAUAAGAAGAAAAAAGACAAAAAGAAAUCAGGAUCUGGCUCUGGUUCUGACUCUGAGGAGGAGCCAAUUACAGAGGAGGAACUGGCCAAGCUGAAAGAAGAGGUAGAAGAAAAGAAGAAACUAAUUGCCACACUACGAAACAAGCCAUGGAAGAUGAAAAAGAAGUUGUCUGUCCUGAAGGAAGCCCAGAUUUUUGUUGAAAAGUUUGAAGGUGCUCUUGGAAAAGGAAAAGGAAAAAAAUUCUAUGCAUACAAAGUGAUGAUGACCAAGAAAUGGAUGAAAUUUCAAAGAGACUUUGAGAAUUUUAAGACAGCCUGCAUACCCUGGGAAAUGAAAAUUAAGGAGAUUGAAAGUCACUUUGGCUCAUCAGUAGCAUCUUAUUUCAUAUUCUUGCGCUGGAUGUAUGGAAUAAACAUGAUUCUCUUUGGAUUGACCUUUGGACUUGUAAUGGUGCCCGAGGCUUUGAUGGGUAAGCCAUAUGGCUCUUUACCUAGAAAAACUGUCCCAAGAGCUGAAGAAGCAACUGCUAUGAACUUUGCUACUCUCUGGGAUUUUAGUGGCCUUGCACAGUAUUCGGUACUCUUUUAUGGUUAUUACAAUAACCAGAGGACAAUUGGAUGGCUGAAGUUCAGGAUGCCUCUUUCGUAUUUCCUUGUUGGGGUUGGGACUAUUGGCUACAGCUUUAUGAUUGUCAUUCGAACAAUGGCAAGGAAUGCAAAUGAAGAUGGUGGUGGAGAUGAUACUAGUUUUAUUUUCAGUUGGAAAAUGUUUACAAGCUGGGACUACCUGAUUGGCAAUCCUGAGACAGCAGAUAAUAAGUUUGCCUCCAUCACAACAAGCUUUAAGGAAUCAAUCUUGGAGGAGCAAGAGAGCCGAAAAGAGGAAAAUAUUCACUUGACUCGAUUUCUGAGGGUUCUUGCUAACUUCUUAGCCCUAUGCACACUUGCUGGAAGUGGCUACCUCAUCUUUUUUGUUGUCAGAAGAUCCCAGCAAUUUGCCUUGGAAGGUCUGGAGAACUACGGGUGGUGGGAAAGAAAUGAAGUGAACAUGGUUAUGUCACUUUUAGGAAUGUUCUGUCCAACUUUGUUUGAUGUAAUCAGUUCCCUGGAAAAUUACCACCCUCGAAUAGCUCUAAGAUGGCAGCUGGGACGAAUCUUCGCCCUUUUUCUUGGCAAUCUCUACACUUUCAUUAUUGCCUUAAUGGAUGAAAUCAACCUCAAGUUGGAAGAAGAAAAGAUAGUCAAGUAUAACAUGACAAUAUGGGAAGCCAAUCUGUACAAUGGUACUAUUCCAGAAAAUUCGACUGCUCCUCCAAUACAGGUGGACCCUGCUGAUGUCCCCAGAGGGCCAUGUUGGGAAACAAUGGUGGGACAGGAAUUUGUGCGCCUGACAGUCUCUGACACGAUGACAACAUACAUCACAAUUUUAAUUGGCGAUUUCUUGAGAGCUGUCUUUGUUAGGUUUUUCAAUUACUGCUGGUGCUGGGACUUGGAGUAUGGAUUCCCAUCAUAUUCUGAGUUUGAUAUAAGUGGAAAUGUGCUGGGACUGAUCUUUAACCAAGGCAUGAUAUGGAUGGGAUCUUUUUAUGCUCCAUGUCUCCCAGCAAUCAAUGUGUUUCGCCUCCAUACAUCGAUGUACCUGCAGUGCUGGGCGGUGAUGUGCUGCAAUGUCCCCCAAGAGAGGGUCUUCAAAGCUUCCAGAUCCAAUAACUUCUACAUGGCCAUGCUGCUUUUCAUCCUCUUUCUCUCCACACUGCCUGUUGUAUACACCGUUGUCUCCAUCCCACCAUCUUUUGACUGUGGUCCUUUCAGUGGGAAGACUAGAAUGUUUGAAGUCAUCUCAGAAACUCUGGAGCAUGACUUCCCUUCCUGGUUUGGGAAAGUAUUUGGCUAUGCCUCUAACCCUGGACUCAUCCUACCCUUUAUACUGCUGAUGGUCCUGAGUAUUUAUUAUCUCAACGCGACAUCCAAAUCUUACAAGGAAGCUAACCUGGAACUUAAAAAGAAGUUACAAACAAGCAGAAGAAAAUAAAAGAAGAAAUAA